GCAGGAGCCAUUUUAGGGAUUGCUGAGCAACUCUGUACAGGCUCCUCUUCUCUGGGGGGAAAAUGACCUAGAGCUUGCCCUCAAAGAAUUUAUAGGGGAGAGAUACAAGUAUCUUCCUUCAAUAGAUGAUAAUGAAAAUACAAAAGAAAGAGAAGCAGUUGUCAAAUUUAAAAGUUCUGAAUCACUCCCCAAUGUCUGAUGCCUCUGUCAAUUUUGACUACAAAUCCCCCUCCCCGUUUGACCGCAGCACUGAUCAGGAAGAGAAAAUCGAAGAUGUUGCCAGUCACUGUCUGCCUCAGAAAGACCUGUAUGCUGCAGAAGAGGAAGCUGAGACCCUUUUUCCUAGGAAAAUGACAUCCCAUAAUGGAAUGGAGGACAGUGGAGGGGGAGGCACUGGAGUAAAGAAAAAAAGGAAGAAAAAGGAUCCAGGAGAGCAAGAGGGUACAGCAAAGGGAAGCAAGGACAGGGAGCCCAAGCCAAAGAGGAAGCGAGAACCUAGAGAGCCAAAGGAACCCCGCAAGGCCAAGGAGCCCAAAAGGGCCAAGGAGCCCAAGGAGCCUAAGCAGAAGGACGGAGCCAAGAAAGCGCGGAAGCCCCGGGAGGCCUCGGGCACCAAGGAGGCCAAAGAGAAGAGGAGCAGCGCUGACUCCAUAGCCAGGACGAAGUCCAAGAAGGCCAGCAAGGAGCAAGGACCAACUCCAGUGGAGAGAAAGAAGAAAGGAAAGAGGAAAAGUGAAACCACAGUGGAGAGUUUAGAGCUGGAUCAGGGCCUGCCGAACUCAUCCCUGCGGAGUCCCGAGGAGUCCACUGAGUCUGCAGACAGCCAGAAGCGACGCUCAGGACGGCAGGUGAAGCGCAGAAAAUACAACGAGGACCUGGACUUCAAGGUGGUGGAUGACGAUGGAGAGACGAUCGCCGUUCUCGGGGCUGGCCGCACCUCCGCCCUCUCGGCUUCCACGCUGGCUUGGCAGGCGGAGGAGCCUCCAGAAGAUGACGCAAACAUCAUUGAGAAGAUCCUGGCGUCUAAGACCGUCCAGGAGGUUCACCCAGGAGAGCCCCCGUUUGACUUGGAGCUGUUCUACGUUAAGUAUAGAAAUUUUUCCUACUUACAUUGUAAAUGGGCCACAAUGGAAGAGCUGGAAAAGGAUCCUCGCAUCGCACAGAAGAUCAAGCGCUUUAGGAAUAAACAAGCCCAGAUGAAGCACAUUUUUACUGAGCCCGAUGAAGACUUGUUCAACCCAGACUAUGUAGAAGUGGAUCGUGUCCUGGAGGUGGCCCACACCAAAGAUGCAGAGACAGGAGAGGAAGUGACCCAUUACCUGGUGAAGUGGUGCUCUCUGCCUUACGAAGAAAGCACGUGGGAGCUAGAGGAAGACGUUGAUCCUGCAAAGGUUAAAGAAUUCGAGUCUCUCCAAGUUCUCCCUGAAAUUAAGCAUGUGGAGAGGCCUGCUUCGGACUCCUGGCAGAAGCUGGAGAAGUCUCGAGAGUACAAGAACAGUAACCAGCUCCGGGAGUACCAGCUGGAGGGGAUGAACUGGCUUCUUUUUAACUGGUAUAACAGAAAAAACUGUAUUUUGGCUGAUGAGAUGGGCCUCGGAAAAACCAUCCAGUCCAUCACAUUUCUCUCGGAGAUUUUCCUCCGGGGGAUCCACGGCCCUUUCCUCAUUAUCGCCCCACUCUCCACCAUCACGAACUGGGAGCGGGAGUUCCGGACAUGGACAGAGAUGAAUGCCAUUGUGUACCAUGGCAGCCAGAUCAGCAGGCAGAUGAUCCAGCAGUAUGAGAUGGUGUACAGAGACGCCCAGGGAAACCCCCUUUCAGGAGUCUUCAAGUUCCAUGUUGUCAUCACAACGUUUGAGAUGAUCCUGGCAGACUGCCCGGAGCUGAAAAAGAUUCACUGGAGCUGUGUGAUAAUUGAUGAAGCCCACAGAUUGAAGAACAGGAACUGCAAACUUCUGGAGGGUCUAAAGCUCAUGGCCCUGGAACACAAAGUGCUGCUCACUGGGACACCCUUGCAGAACUCUGUGGAGGAGCUCUUCAGCUUGCUGAAUUUUCUGGAGCCAUCCCAGUUUCCUUCAGAGACUGCUUUCUUGGAGGAAUUUGGAGAUCUGAAAACAGAGGAACAGGUGAAGAAACUGCAGUCUAUCCUAAAACCCAUGAUGCUUCGGCGGCUGAAAGAUGAUGUGGAAAAGAACCUUGCUCCCAAACAAGAGACGAUCAUUGAAGUAGAGCUGACCAACAUCCAAAAAAAAUACUACCGCGCCAUCUUGGAGAAGAACUUUUCCUUCCUGACCAAGGGGGCAAAUCAGCACAACAUGCCCAAUCUCAUCAACACCAUGAUGGAGCUGAGAAAGUGCUGCAACCAUCCUUACCUGAUCAACGGGGCAGAGGAGAAAAUUCUGGAAGAUUUCCGAAAAACCCACAGCCCUGAUGCCCCUGACUUUCAGCUACAAGCCAUGAUCCAAGCAGCAGGGAAGCUGGUGCUGAUUGAUAAACUGCUCCCUAAGCUGAUCGCAGGUGGUCACAAAGUCCUCAUCUUCUCCCAGAUGGUUCGCUGUCUCGACAUCCUGGAAGAUUAUCUCAUCCAGCGAAGAUACACCUAUGAGCGAAUUGAUGGGCGAGUACGGGGAAACCUGCGCCAGGCAGCCAUCGACCGGUUCUGUAAGCCAGACUCAGACCGCUUUGUCUUUCUUCUGUGCACCAGAGCGGGAGGCCUGGGCAUCAAUCUCACAGCCGCUGAUACCUGCAUCAUAUUUGAUUCAGACUGGAACCCACAAAAUGACUUGCAGGCUCAGGCCCGAUGUCACCGGAUAGGCCAGAGCAAGGCCGUGAAGGUGUAUCGUCUCAUUACUCGGAACUCCUACGAGCGGGAAAUGUUUGACAAGGCCAGCCUGAAGCUGGGCCUGGACAAGGCUGUUCUUCAGGACAUAAACCGAAAGGGCAGCACCAAUGGAGUACAACAGCUCUCAAAAAUGGAGGUAGAGGACUUGCUCCGGAAAGGCGCUUAUGGAGCUUUGAUGGAUGAGGAAGAUGAAGGCUCCAAGUUCUGUGAAGAAGACAUAGACCAGAUUCUGCAGAGAAGAACCCACACCAUCACCAUCCAGUCCGAAGGGAAAGGGUCUACUUUCGCCAAGGCUAGCUUUGUGGCUUCAGGAAACAGGACAGAUAUUUCCUUAGAUGACCCAAACUUUUGGCAGAAAUGGGCCAAAAUAGCUGAAUUGGACACUGAAGCAAAGAAUGAAAAGGAGAGCUUAGUGAUCGACCGGCCUCGAGUGAGAAAGCAGACCAAACACUACAAUUCCUUUGAGGAGGAUGAGCUCAUGGAGUUCUCUGAGCUGGACAGUGACUCGGAUGAAAGGCCCACGAGGUCCAGACGCCUCAAUGACAAAACUAGGCGCUACCUCCGAGCCGAGUGCUUCCGGGUGGAGAAGAACCUGCUCAUCUUUGGCUGGGGCCGGUGGAAGGACAUCCUGACUCACGGGCGAUUCAAGUGGCAUCUGAAUGAGAAGGACAUGGAGAUGAUUUGCCGGGCCCUGCUGGUAUACUGUGUCAAGCAUUACAAGGGGGACGAGAAGAUCAAGAGUUUCAUUUGGGAACUGAUCACACCUACCAAAGAUGGGCAGGCCCAGACCCUCCAGAACCACUCAGGAUUGUCUGCUCCGGUCCCCAGAGGGAGGAAGGGGAAGAAGACAAAGAACCAGCUGCUGCUCCCAGAGUUAAAGAAUGCAGACUGGCUGGCCACCUGCAACCCCGAGGUGGUCCUCCAUGACGACGGCUAUAAGAAACACCUCAAACAGCAUUGCAACAAGGUACUUUUGCGAGUCCGGAUGCUCUACUACCUAAAAGCUGAAAUACUGGGAGAGGCAGCUGAGAAAGCGUUUGAAGGAACCCCUGCCAGGGAACUAGAAGUGCCUCUGCCUGACAUUGACUACGUGGAGAUCCCAGUGGAUUGGUGGGACGCUGAGGCCGAUAAGUCCCUUCUGAUAGGCGUGUUCAAACACGGGUAUGAGAGGUACAAUGCCAUGAGAGCAGACCCAGCACUUUGCUUCCUGGAGAAAGUUGGGAUGCCAGAUGAGAAGUCCCUUUCUGCAGAACAGGGUGUUACGGAUGGGACCUCGGACAUUCCUGAAAGAGGCAACAUGGAUAAAGAAGACAACACUGAAGACAAGUCCGACGGCCCACAGAAGCAAACGGAGAGUUCCAGUGAUGGAGGUGAUGGCAUUUUUGGCGAAAAGAAGGAUGACAGCCGGGCAGCCCAGGAUGGCUCCGACCCAGACAAAUCACCCUGGCCAGUUUCAUCUGCUCUCACGGCUCGCCUCCGACGUCUGGUCACCGUGUACCAGCGCUGUAACCGCAAAGAACUCUGCCGACCGGAAAUUCUGGGACCAGGUAACCAAGGAUACUGGGUCCAAGAAGAGAUGUUCAGGAGAACCUCAGAAAUGGAUCUCAUCAACAAGGAAGCUCAAAAGAGGUGGACUAGGAGAGAGCAAGCAGACUUCUACAGAGCGGUGUCCUCCUUCGGCGUCGUUUAUGAUCAAGAAAAGAAAACUUUUGACUGGACACAGUUCCGCAUCAUUUCCCGUCUGGACAAGAAGUCGGAUGAGAGCCUGGAGCACUACUUCUAUAGUUUUGUGGCUAUGUGCCGGAACGUGUGUCGUCUGCCCACGUGGAAGGAUGGUGGUCCCCCAGAUCCCAGCAUCUACGUGGAGCCCAUCACUGAGGAGCGGGCCGCGAGGACUCUGUACCGCAUCGAACUGCUGCGGAAGGUCCGCGAGCAGGUGCUGAGGUGUCCGCAGCUGCACGAGCGCCUCCAGCUCUGCAGGCCCAGCCUCUACCUCCCGGUCUGGUGGGAGUGCGGGAAGCAUGACCGAGACCUGCUCGUCGGCACCGCCAAACACGGCCUGAACCGCACUGACUAUUACAUCAUGACCGACCCCCAGCUGUCCUUCCUGGACGCCUACAGGAACUACGCCCAGCACAAGAGAACGGACACCCAGGCCCCAGAAAGUCUCUGUUGCCUUUACCAGACCAACUCCAAACUAUACGAAUCUCUCACGUACACUCAGAUGAGCAGGACUUCAGAGUCCCUUGAAAAUGAGCCUGAGAACCUCGUGAAAGUAGAAGGUAGAGAUGGUCACCCCGCUCCACCUGGGGGCAGUUUAUCUGACAUGACUUGUGAAAACUUUAUUUCCAAAGUUCAGGAUGUCAUGUCCAUCACCCACGAUGAAAGUCUGCUGCCCGAGUGCUUGGAGGGUAUGAUGUAUGGUAAGAAGGCCCUGAGUCGGGAGCCAGGCUCUUUCCAGGAGAGCCUCACUACCAGGACAGAGCCCAGAAAGGACGCGCUGGCCCUCUCAGCAGGCGAGGACGGGAACUGCCAGCCUGGUGGCCGAGAGGCAGAACUACCCGCGGGCCCCUCUUUUCUGGGCAGCUUAGAAGCAGGAGUAGCUCAGAUGAACAUCAAAAAUGGAAAACAUCUGUUGCUCUCUCUUUCCAGGGAAGGGGACCUGUGCAGUGAGACAGGGCAGAGACCUGAAAGUGUCGGGCAGCUAGAAGCCAAGUGCUUAGCUUCCCCUUCCUUGGAUCAAGGAAACGAAAGUGGGUUUGUAGACAUGUGCAAUCUUAGUGUCUGUGACUCCAGAAGAAGCCUGUCAUCAGAUCAGCAAUUAAUUGAUUUAUUAGAAAACAAAAGUUUAGAAAGCAAAUUGGUUUUGAGUCAGAACCACAGCGAUGAGGACGACGAAGAGGAGGAGAAUGAAGAGGAGAAUGUGGGCAUGGCCGCAGGCCUGAGGGAAAGGCCCGAGGUUGUGCAUCUAGCUGAUCCCACAGCUGACAUCCUGAGGGAGAAGAGCCGAGGCUUCCAUGUGGAGGAGGCCAAGAGAGGAACCCUGGAGGCCAUCAGCCAGAAUCCUGGGCCGCGGGGGGCGCUUCCUCAAGCAGGCUGUCAGUGUCACUGCAAGCACACAGGGAGGUGGACGCAUGGCCUCGAGAACGAGGAGUUUGAAGUGGAGAAACCCAAGGGUUAUAACGCAGACGCAUACAAAAGCAAAACCAGUAGCAUCCCAGUGGAGGCUGAGCCCCCCGCUCCUCCCACAGAGCCCGCCCAGGGGAAGCACGAGCUGUUGAGCGAGCCUUGGAAAGACAGUGCAGAGGGGAAGAAAGCUUUCGCUGUGUAUCCGGAAGCCAAUGAGCUCAAGUCCGAAGAUGCGGAUUUUGAGAGCAAAGAUGAUUAUGACAGAGAGGGGAAUGGCCACACUCAAGAUUACCCAGGGAAGUACUCUGAGGAGGAGAGCAAAAGCUCGACAUCAGGCAUCGCAGGAGACCUUGGGGAUGACCUGCAGGAGGCUCGGGCUCCCACCAUUGCUCAGCUGCUCCAGGAAAAGACCCUCUUUUCUUUCUCCGAGUGGCCAAAGGAUCGCGUGAUAAUCAACCGCCUGGAUAAUAUCUGCCACGUGGUGUUAAAGGGGAAGUGGCCUUCCAGCCAGCCGUACGAGCCCUCGGGCACACUGCCUACACCGGCCUUAAGCAGCAGUGCUGGUUCUCGGAGCAGCACCUCGGAGCCGGAGGCCUCGGAACACGGCUUCAGCAGCAGUGCGGCGCUGGUGGCCCAGAUCCAAAAGGAGAGCUUCCUGGCUCCAGUAUUCACAAAGGACGAACAGAAGCACAGACGUCCCUACGAGUUUGAGGUGGAGAGGGAUGUAAAGGCCCGGAGCCUGGAACACUUCUCUGCCACCCACGGGCACCCCCCCAUCGUCCUCAAUGGCUGGCAUGGGGAGUCUGCAAUAGAUCUCUCCUGCACGUCAGAGGGGUCCCCAGGAGCCACGUCUCCUUUCCCGGUGAGCGCCAGCACCCCUAAGAUCGGGGCUAUCGGUUCACUUCAAGGAGCCCUCGGCAUGGACUUGUCUGGGAUUCUGCAAGCCGGCCUGAUCCAUCCAGUGACGGGACAGAUUGUCAACGGAAGCCUCAGAAGAGAUGACGCUGCCACAAGGAGGCGGAGAGGGAGACGGAAACAUGUUGAAGGAGGGAUGGACCUCAUCUUUCUGAAGGAGCAGACGCUUCAGGCAGGAAUCUUGGAAGUCCAUGAAGACCCAGGUCAGGCCCCGCCGAGCACCUCACACCCUGAAGGGCCGGCGCCUGCCACUUCGGCCCCCGAGCCAGCCCCAGCAGCUGGCAGCCAGGCCGAGAAAGCCAUUCCCAGCAAGAGUCUGCUGGACUGGCUGAGGCAACAGGCGGACUACUCCUUAGAGGUUCCCGGCUUUGGAGCGAAUUUUUCAGACAAACCAAAGCAGAGGAGGCCACGCUGUAAGGAACCUGGAAAAUUAGACAUCAACUCCCUGAGUGGGGAAGAGAGGGUUCCUGCUGUCCCCAAGGAGCCAGGACUACGGACGCACAGGCUUCCCCGAAUGCCUUCUCGAGGCUCCGCCAGCUGCAGCUCUCCCUGGGCAUGAAUUCCCUUCCUAGUGGGACGGCCUGGAUGUGAUUUCUCCUUUCAGCUCCAGAAGACCACCCACCCUAGUCAUUUCCUCCCUUUGCAAAAGAAAGUUGUAACUUAAUGUUUUCAAGGAGUCUGUGACUGAUGUUGUCACCUGAUGGAUUGUUCCAGCAGCUCUGCAGACAGAACUGCGCUCCCUCACCUCCAUCCCCGACCACAGCCGCUGCAGGAAUGGGGCCGGGGCCCCGUCCCGAGGUUGGCUGCUUGUUAGAAAACUCAUCACAUUGGUCAGGUGCCCUUUGGCCCCUCUCUUGCUCUCUUGUCUGAGGGUGUCUCUAGCACCCCUUUGCUUAGACCUGCUUGUGCUGUGCACGCUGGUGCAGCUGUGGUCCUUAGCCCAACGGCCUUUCUCCAGCCCACAGGCCACCGCCCCCUCUCCCAGCGUUUCCACACGCGGCGUCACGCGAAAGUCAUCCAGGACAGACUCUGGCCCUUGCUUUGUUGUAGCCUCUUAGCUCUUGCUGUAGGCACACAUCAGAAAAACCACAUGGUUUCCUCCUUGGCUUUUCCAUUUCUUUUUACAUGUCUAACAGUUUCCCUCGUGUUCUCUGGAAAUUAAUGUUCACGCUCCUACAGACACUGAGGCCUUGCCAGAAAACCCAUUUCUAAGCUGUUCUCGCAAGCCAGCCUUUUACCAAAGACGCAUUUUCCCUCCUUCGUGAAAUAAACACAAGUCCCUGCCUCAGAGGCCCUUGUCCUGCAGGAAGGCGAGGCAAGGAAGCCCUCGUGCACCUGGUCCCCAGGGCUGCCCAGCCUCCCCAGUGGGGACGAGCCAGCACGGCGCAGACCGGACACUCUGCCUGACUACAGGAGGGCCCGUCUCCCUCAGCUCCUGCUGGGACAGGAGCCCUCUCGGGUGUGCUGUGCUCCUUCUUUCCCGUGGAGACCCCCUGCUUCGGAAACAGAUUCAGAUCAGGAAGCCUCUCCCUUUCCUCAGCCCCUUCUGUGUGCGCUGUGGCUUGGCUGGGCAAGCGCCAUGGGCUGCACAUGGGAUUCAGCUCCCAGGACCGCCAGUACGUGGUGGUCGUGCGUGAGAGGGGUAUGGGUCCGUGCACAUGUAGGUGGAAGUUACCUUUGUCUCACAGAUGUGUGUGUAGGAUUAUCUGCUCGUUUCUUGUUGUCAUUGGACAGUAACUUGCAGAGAUAACCCGUCACCCCUAAACACUUCAGCGUGUGCCUCCUAAGAAUACUUUCCUACCUAUUACCAUUACCACGCACGGAAAUGUUAAUAAUAUUUAGU